GGGGGUGGACUGCGAAGACAGAGUAUUUCAAAUCAUGUGUAGAAACCUCUUUAUUGAAAAACAUAUGGCAUCGGGGGCUUUUUAAUGUAAUGUUCUUGUUGAUGGAGUCUCGAAAGUACAAGUGUUUGACUUAACUACUAACUAAUGUAUAAGCCCAACACAAUCUAAACCCCUACUUUUGCAAUGGCCGGGCUUCUCUAGUGGUUCAGUUUUAAACCCACCGCUACUCGUUGGCUUUCCUGCUACAAGACAAAAGUUUCUCUUGAAAGUAAAUUUGCCGAUAAACGGUGAUAAAAAAAUGACCCUCACACCAAAGGCUCAGUGUUUCAAAUCCAAGUUCAUCACUGCUGAGCUGGCUCGUCUGUUCAGCCAGUCGGACAGUGAGGAGGAGUUUGAAGGUUUCAGUGAGGAUGAGGAGGAAGAAGAAGAAGACAGGGGAUCUUUUAACAAACGGCUAAAGACCAAGCUGGUGGAUUCAGAGGAGGACAGCGACGAUGACACAGGCUUCUACUCUGAUGGCGACGAUGCCCGCCCACCAAAGAGGAAUAGUCUUUUAGUUGCCAUGAGGUUUCCCGUCAAAAGACUGUCUACCCCCAAACAGGAACUGAAAGAGAAAACUGUCAAAAAGCCAGUCAAAGAAACUCCUCCUUCACAGAGAGCCAGCGGACGGCAAAGGAUGAAGCAGCAGCAGCAGCAGAAACAGGAGGAAAAAGAGGAGGAGGAGGAGGAGGAGGAAGAGGAAGACGACAAAGAGGGGGUCCUGUCUCAGAGCCUACGGAAACGAGACAAGAACAUCCAGGAAAACAAGGCCAUGCUGGCUAAGCUGUUUGCUGAUCUGAGCACCAUGGCUGACUUGACUCUGCCCUCCACUCCUCCAAAAAAGAAGCGUGCGUCAGAGAAAGCAACGCCACGGAAACGCAAGUUUGAACCAGUGACGGGGUCUGAGAGGAGAAACCCGUCUCGUAAGGCUCGUCCUCCUGAGAACUUUGCAGUGGAGGAGAAGAGCGAGCCACUCGCCAUCAGAAAUCCCCGGACUAUAGACAUCAGGAGACUGGUGGAGGUGGACGAGGAUGUCGGUGAGAAGAAGAAAAAGAGGAGGAGCCAUGGCUCCAGGAGGAGCCAUUUUGAGGUGAGGUCAGUGGAUGACAUCACCCAAGAAGAACUGGACAACAUAGCGUACCGCAGCAAAGACAAGAUCUGGGACAAAGAUAAUGGCAGCUCGUGUCACCAGUGCAGACAGAAGACUCUGGACACCAAGACAGUGUGUCGCAGCGGUUUCUGUGUGAGGGGCAAAGGUCAGUUCUGCGGGCCGUGCCUGAAGAACCGCUACGGGGAGGACGUAUGCGACGUGCUGCUCGACCCGACGUGGUCGUGCCCCAUCUGCCGAGAUAUGUGUAACUGCAGCCUGUGUCGUAAGAAGGAGGGCCGCUGUGCUACCGGCAUCCUGGUGGGACUGGCCCGCUACAACGGCCACGACAAUGUCCACGAGUAUCUGGAGAGCAUUCAGAGGGAUCUGCAGUGAAGUCCAGAGAGAAGACCACGGAGGGGAACCUGCUCGUACAGCUAAAAUCUGGAGCAAGCUGCACAGCACAGUACCGUAGAACUCAUUCUAACGCACAUGUUUAGGUUUUGAUCAACCUUUUUAUCUAACUAGAGAAACAAAAGCAAAAAUAUGUUGGUUUUUUUUUCUUUACCUUAACACAAGACGCACACAAACUGUUAAUAUGUUUUAUAGAUCCUGAUUUAAGGCUUCAUAAAUGCAGGGAUGUUUUUUGUUGUUUUUAAGUCAGUACUUUGUUUUGAGUUGUAUAUUUUCCUUUGAAUAUUUCCACUCUUGAUGUAAACUAGAAAAAAUGUAAGGUUAGGAUGCAAAAGGAGCCUUUUUAUAUACCAACUGCUUUUCUUAAAGUGGCUAACUUUAAAGCUGUGUUGUUCUCAGUCCACUGUAAAUUCUAAU